AUGUGGGAACUUAGUAGGAGGAAGCUCUUCACGGAAAACGACCAGUAUGACUCGUCAGAAAUGCUUUUAUUUACAAUCGCGUCGUCGAUGAUCUGGAUUAUGGUGCCAGGUUUGGCGUUUUUAUACAGUGGGUUGGCACGGCGGAAGAGUGCACUUUCCAUGAUAUGGAUUGUACUUGUCAGCUCCUUCAUCGGGUUGUUUCAAUGGUAUUUCUGGGGUUACUCGUUGGCAUUUUCGGCAUCAAGUAACAACUUUAUUGGAAAUUUGCAGUUAUUUGGGUUCAAGUCGAUUGUAGGAGAAAACGACCCUGAAGCUACAUACGCUUCCCUUGCAUUCUCCAUUUUUCAAAUGCAAUUCAUGUUGGUGACGUUGGCAAUUCUUGCCGGGGCCUGUAUCGGUGAACGAGGCCGUUUUCUACCCACCUGUGUAUUCUUAUUCUUCUGGGCAACCGUGGUGUAUUGUCCGGUGGUGUACUGGAUCUGGGGUGGGGGCUGGGCCCUGAGCUGGCGGGGCGGGGCGCUCGACUACGCUGGCGGUGGCCCCGUCGAGAUUCUCUCGGGAGUGUCUGCGUUUGUGUAUUCGGCGGUUUUGGGUAGAAGAAACCAGGAUUUGAUGAUCAACUACCGGCCGCACAACAUUUCCACUGUGUUCUUGGGAACAGCGUUAUUGUAUGUGGGGUGGCUCUUUUUCAACGGGUUUAGUUGUGCCAAUGCGUCCGUCAAGGUACCGUAUUCCAUGAUGAAUACCCAUUUGACGGCUGCGUUUGGGGCCAUUUCUUGGUGUUUAUUGGAUUUUAGAUUGGAGAAGAAAUGGUCCAUGAUGGGUAUUUGCUCAGGAACCAUUUCGGGAUUGGUGGCCGCCACUCCCGCCAGUGGGAUGAUUCCGUUGUGGGCCUCGGUAAUCCUUGGGGUUGUCUCGGGAGUUGUGUGUAACUUGUCCACUCAAAUCAAGUAUGUUUUACGGGUGGACGACUCGUUGGAUGUUUUGGCAGAGCACGGAAUCGCUGGAAUAGUGGGACUUCUCUUCAACGGGAUCUUUGGUAGUAGUACUGUCAUUGGCUACGACGGCGUGACCGACCAUGCUGGAGGGUGGAUAGACCAUAACUGGAAACAGUUGUAUGUUCAAAUUGUCUACAUCUUAGCCACCGCUGCAUAUUCUGGAGGAAUGACAUUUGUGCUAUGUUUUACCAUCAACAAGAUUCCUGGCUUGCACUUGCGGGUUGACUACCACGGCGAGGAGGUGGGAAUCGAUGAGGACCAAAUCGGCGAGUUUGCCUAUGACUAUGUGGAAGUUAGAAGAGACUUUUUAUCGUGGUCCGACCCCAAUGGUUCCGGUGAACGGUCGGUGGUAGAAGAAGUAGGUCAGGAGCUGCAGCAGCAGGCGGAUAAGGAGGCCGAUGUUUACGAAGCCAAGCCCGAGUCGUCGGAGUCGGUUGACAACUCGACGAAUAACGAAUUAAAGCAAGAGUAG